AUGGCAUCGAGACCUCAACGUAAAGACUACACAACCCAGACCUCGUUCGACUUCAAACGACCAAACAACAGUCUCGUCACAUUCAGCUUUGACUUCGACCCAGCCCGCCCCUACGCUACGCGGCUCACCCUUCCUCCGGGAUCAAAAUGGUCGCCUGAGCCACACUGGCAUGAGCGCUAUACUGAGUACAUCUGUUGCGUCUCGGGCCGGCUAUUGAUCCGCCUCGAUGGAGUUGACAAGGUCGUCACACCAGCGGACGGUCCACAAACCGUCAACAAGUACGUGGUGCACGAAUUUAUGCGGGCUGAUGCUUUUGGCUACGCCAACGCCAACGCCGAGGGAGAGGACGAGGAUGUCAUGGUGGACGAGUGGACGGAUCCGGCCGAUGGAGUGAAGCACGUCUUCUUUCGCAACCUACUAGGGGUUUUGCAGGAUCAAGAGUACUUUGGGAAAUGGUUUGGACCGCAGGCGUUGUUGGUGUGCAGCCGAUACGACAACUACAAUGUCUUAUGGGGCGGAUGGGGGAGAUGGGCUGUCACUCAUGGUAUGUUUGCCCUGGUCGAAGCGGUGGCGGUAGUUGUAGGCCUGAAGCCGUGGUAUGCUGAGUACACUCCAGAGAGAUUGAGGGCAGCAGCCGAGGGGGCGCAGAAGAAGAGCGUUUGA